GGGGGAUAGGAGAACUCUAUAGUCCUAAAGACUGAAGAAGAAAAGGAGGGAAGAGAGAAAGGACAGAUUCCUUAUGUUCACCAGAUAGCUGGGAUGGAGGAGGAGUGGACAAGCUGAUGUGAUACAAAGACGUCCCUUAGAGGAUCCUGACGAUUGACCCGUGAACCCUGACCCCCUGACCCCAGUAGGGGGGGGGGGGGGGGCAGAGUGAAGGAUGCGUUGCCCCACCCUCAUGGCCCUCCUUGCGGGGGUGAUGUUGUACCUGGUGAUGGGCGCCCUGGUGUUCCGCUGGCUGGAGGCACCCAAGGAGAGCAGUGAUUACGAGAACCUGAGAAGAAAAAGGAGAACCUUCCUCCAUAAUCACACCUGUGUCACUGAGGAGGACCUCGGCCAGCUCAUUAAGAAUGUGGUGGAGGCGGUGGACGCUGGGCUGGAUACAACCAGUACUUCUCCCAACUUCACCAGUAGAUGGGACUUGUCCAGUGCUUUCUUCUUCUGCGGAACCAUCAUUACCACCAUAGGUUUUGGGAACCUUUCCCCUAAGACAGGACACGGGCAGCUUUUCUGCCUGUGCUACGCCCUGGUGGGCAUCCCCAUGUUUGGCAUCCUACUGGCGGGUGUGGGUGAUCACAUGGGCACAGGCCUGAGGAAGGCUGUGGCCAACAUCGAGACCCUCUUCCUGAAACGACGGGUCAGUCCCACCAUUGUGCGUAUCAUCUCUGCUGUUCUGUCUAUCCUGAUUGGCUGUCUGAUAUUCCUCGCUGUGCCAACAGUAGUGUUUCAUAAAGUGGAAGGAUGGUCCUUCCUUGAGUCACUCUACUUUGUGGUCAUCACCCUCACUACCGUGGGCUUUGGAGACUAUGUUGCUGGCAAUCGUCAAAACAGCGACCUGUUUAAGCCCCUGGUGUGGCUCUGGAUAGUGUUCGGCCUAGCCUACUUUGCGUCCAUCCUCACCAUGAUAGCCAACUGGUUCCGCGUGUUGUCCAAAAGAACACGUGCUGAGAUGGAGGAACUGAGGGCUCACGCCACAGACUGGACCCAGAACAUCCAGAACAUGUCCAUGGACUUCCGGAUCCCCAACCCGCUGGACCUUAAUGACCCAUUCCUGCUCCAGCGGCGCCGCUGGAAGCGCAGCUCGCGGCGCCGCGUCCGCCGCUGCGCCCAGGUCACCCUGGGAUACCGUACCCGGGGCUGCUUGGAGAACGGCCACCUGCCCAACAGCUGGGUCAGCCGCUCAUGCUCCAUGAGCCGGCUGGAGGUGCAACCCCUGGAGGGGCCGAGACUCAGCCCUGUUCCGAGGCGGCUCCUCCUGAAGCCAGAGGAGAGGUCACUAGCGAGGUUGCUGGCCCGGUCCAUGUCGCUGCCCGUGGCGAGGUCCGUGUCAGAGCUGGAUCCCAGGAGGUCACGAGAUUCCGAGUCCGUUGAGUCCGACUCGAGGUCGGACAUCUCCUCUUCUGAUUCCCAAUCCUACCAGGAUUACCAGAACCUGGCGUACAUCGACGAGUCCUCUGACACGCUCAGCGAUCGCUUCCAGCCCAGCGAUGGUGGUGGCAAUGGUGGAAAGAGAGCGAAGCCUCACAAAGCCCAGAGGCGGAGCAUGAGGAGGCAACUCCCUCGCAGGAGCCCCCUGGAGGACAGCUGGAGGAGGAGCAGCGAGCUGGAGCCCCCUUCCAACCCCCCGACCCCGCCACCUCUCUCCUCCUCCCUCGGACGCUGA